CAUCCGACAAAAGUCUUUCGCUUGGUGUAGAUGUUGCAGAUACAGAUACAGAUAAAUACUUUUGUACCAGACUAGAAAUUGUUUCUGCUUUUCAUUCCACCAACUCAAUGGAUUUUGAUUGA